UACAGCCAAAUAAAACAAUUACAUUUGCGUGUGAAACAACUUAAUAUAAUAUCAAACCGCAGAGACAGCUCAGUUGUUUAACACUGAGAUUUUGUUUUGGCAACAAAGUGAAGGCCAGUCCUUUGCAAUUGUUGCGGAUGCAGCUUGUCCUGCAAAAUUGCCUAAUUCCAUAAAAAAUGUCCCACCGGGCACCCGAGAAGGUAGCAGCCCAACUGGCUACGUGUAAUCGUGUGGCUGCGGCCAUUUUCUCCCAAAACAAACCGUUUGUAUUUUAGAUGGUUAGUGUACGAGAUUACUUAAUAAAGCGAACUAUUGUACAAAAUCUGGUGUUUAGAUCCCACCCGCAAACACCGCAGUUAUUUUUUCUUUCCUUUAACGGGGCUCCAUUAUCUUUAUAAUAAAUUACAAAAAAUUGUAUCCGUAAUGUUGAACUGUAGCAAAAUGGUGCACUAAAAGACAUCUCAAAUACUGCACCAUUGCUAGAAGAGACAUACGGUCUGUCGCCUUGUCUUCACUGCCUGCAUUCCAGCUUUUCAGAUUGAAGUAAACAAUCUCUGCUCAGGAGUCUUCACUAAACUUAAGGGUUAAAACCAACUUCUAAAUUAAGGGUUACAUUCAGCUGCUGGACUGGGAUUGGCCACUUCAAUAAAAUGGCGCUGUCUUACAACUCCAAUACAAUUUCUUGCUACUUCACGCUGUAGGAGCACUGCAGUUCUAAUAUGCUAUACAAACGCAACAAACGGGAUUCGUGCCAGCACAAGUAAGCAAUAAACCGAAGAGGCAACGACAACUGUUUAGUGGGGCUCCAUCAAGGUCGCCCCCACCCCACGUCACCGACUUGAAAGCGCAAGCAACACUGGGACGUCAGAAAUUUGCAAAAGAAUGUAAGAGGUGUAGGGUCUGUGGAUGAGGAGUAAAUGUCCUCGCCCUGUGAGCGUCGGUGCCAGUGUCUGCGCGGCGUCAGUUUAUGGAAAGUUGUUCCCUGCGACUGGAAUAAACAUUUACGCACAGAUUUGUUACUUUCCGGAGUAGGCGAGUUGGUCAGCGGUCAGGACCCAAGCUUCCUGGUGGUGAACAGGAAUACAGGUGUGAUCGACAUAUAGGAGAUCUUCAGGUGGGAUCGACUUGCGGGAAAGAGAAUUAGGAGCUGUUUCUCGUGAUAUGGUGCAAUUCAGAGUACUUUUACUGAUUUCAGACUGCUUCGUGGUUUCUCCCAGGUGUCUGGGAACUCAAGAUGAGCAUUCAGUAUGUGAUGUUUAAUAUAUCUGCUGCUUUGUGCUGAGAGGACCCUGAAACAUGGAUCGCUCUAUUUGGCUCUUGUUCUUUGUGAUACUGGGACAACUGAAAUGUUCUCUCACCACUACAGAGGCUACUUUCAAGAAGCCUAGUUUUAUCGGCUGUCGUUCACCUGAACAGGUUACCUUUACAUGCUGGUGGAGUGUUGGCAGUUUCACUAACCUGUCAGAAUCAGGAGACUUAAAAGUGCAGUAUAGAAAAGGGAAAGAAGUUGAUUGGUUUGAUUGCCCAGAAUAUAUUCACGAGGAAAAUGGCUGCCACUUCAAUUCAUCCUAUUCUAAUGUUUGGACUCCAUAUUGUGUUAAAUUGCUUUCAAAAGAGGAUGUUGAAUAUGACCAGUCUUGCUUCAGUGUGGAUGAAAUUGUCACGCCUGAUCCACCUAUCAAUCUAAAUUGGACUUUGCUGAACGUCAGCAGGUCAGGGAUAUAUGCAGAUGUUCUGGUGUCGUGGGAAGCUCCACCCUCAGCUGAUGUUGCUAAAGGUUGGAUUGCACUUGAUUAUCAGCUCCAGUACAAAGACCGAAAUGAAACACAAUGGCAAGAGGAGGAUCCCACAAGGAAGGUAAAGUUGCCAGUAUACUCUUUAAUAACUGGUAGAGAAUAUGAAAUCAGAGUACGAUGUAAGCAGCGCAACUUUCUGAAUUACGGAGAGUUUAGUAAUGCAAUUCAUGUCAUCAUUCCCAGAAAUAUAAAAGAAAACCUAGAUACUGCAUUUCCCAUGAUUUUUGUCCUUACAUUUGGAGCUAUUGGACUGACAAUGAUAAUACUGCUGCUUAUGCUCACCAAACAGCAAAGGCUGAAGCUUCUGAUUUUGCCUCCCGUUCCAGUUCCAAAAAUAAAAGGAAUUGACCCAGAUCUCCUGAAGAAUGGCAAGUUGGAUGAACUUAAUUCUGUCUUGGCAGGCAGUUAUGGUUCCAAACCUAUCCUGUACAUGGAUGACACUUGGGUUGAGUUCAUUGAAGUUGAUAUUGAUGACCCUGAUGAAAAGACACACGGAUCAGACAUGGAGAAACUUCUUGGUGAGGACAUUCCAAACUCCCACAACUGCCAGGGCAUUAAAGAUGACGAUUCUGGACGUGACAGCUGUUAUGAGCCAGAUGUCCCAGACACAGACGAUGCUGUAGACAACCCUUGUCAUAGCACUUCAGAUCAGCCACAAGAGGAAAAGAUAAAAGAGGAUCUUCUGUGUUUAAAAGAGAAUGAUAACAUAUCACCUUCCUGUUUUACCUCUGAUAGUGCCAACUCAGGUGAUUUGCAUCCAGAAAAAAGAAUGUCCUCUGAUCUCACUACAGGAUUUGUAGUUUCUGAAGAGAGUAAGUCUAACAGGCCACCAGUCCACAGCCAGUUAAGCAACCAGAGUUCUGUUAAUCUGGAUUUUUAUACUCAAGUAAGUGACAUAACUCCUGCAGGAGGUGUCCUCCUUUCCCCAGGGCAGCAGAGUAAGGCAGAGAAGAUAGAGAGCAAACCAGAGUCCAGGGAGCCUUCUAAAUACCAGAUACCUGCAGCUCUCAUUGAUGCCUACACUUCUGAGAUGGAUGUGAAGAAAAUGAGCAACUUAAGUAAAGAAAGCAAGCCUGUGUUGGAGAAAGCCUUUGAUCAGGGUAGUUACUUCACCGCAGGAAGCCUUACCUCUGUAAAUCUAAAUUCCAGUGUUGGAGGAGAGUAUCAGCACAAUCCAUUGAUGCCUGUCUCAGACUAUACGUCUAUUCAGAUGAUAGACUCUCAGCUGAGCCUCAUACCAAAAUCUGAUACCUUGCCAAGCAGAUGUUUCUCCAAGCCACCAUAUGUGACACCAGACCAACUGAGCAGUUUUAUGCCAUAAUUUGUUUAUGUUUAGUGGCAUGAAAUCAACACUUGCCUUUAUGCUUUAAAACCAAAAUUCUGAACAAGGGUUUUUUGCUCUGUGGUUCUGUUGUCUUGUUUGGUCAAACCUUUGCUUUGAAAUUGUAUGGAUAAUGACAAAUAUAUUCAAGCAUUAAAUUGUCCUACUUUGCAUAUUGUACAUAUUAUAAGGUAUCUAGGAGAAAACAAUGUUUAAACAAUGGCUUAUGAAUGUCUUGAGUUAACAUGUGAAAAGUGUUUUAUAUUAAAUGGAACUGGCUACUUCUGACUUUUGCACCACAAUGAAGCUCACAUGUUGGUGGAUUAGGUUGAAAUAAAGCAAAGGGAAUUUUAAGGUGAAGAAACAAGUGCGUUAUGUUUGCCAAGCUUAAAACAUAGAUGUGCAGUGGCAUAAGUGGAGAGUAGACCAGAUUUAAAACUUUUGAGUACUCAGAUUUAUGGAAAAAAGGAGAAAUUUAUUUUGCAAAAAGUAUUUUGGUAUUUCAGUCUUAAUAUACAGAUGCAUAUUAGAAAAAUAUAAUGAUUACAAACAUUUUAAUGUCUCAUAGUACUCAGUAUUACAUCUUUUAGUUUUGAACAUUUUGAUAUACUGAAACAUGAUAUAAAAGGAAAAAGAAUAUUCUGGUUUACUGUGCUGGAACAGAAAGAUAUGUUUUGAAUGACAGUAAUCAGAAUAUGCUUUGAUUCAAUUAUCUGCAAGCUAAUUGUAAGACAAUAUUUAAAACAAAACUGAAUUGUGACUCUUGCAACAGACCUUAUUCAUAGUAUUUGCAGCUGUAAGAUGUAUUUUUGAUUUUGUUCUGUUAGUUGUACCAUUUUUUUUGAACAUUGAUGUUAGGCGGAGCGCUUUAAAAUGGUCGUGGCUAAGAUUUCUGUGCAGUCUGAUGCAUAAAUAAUAAUGUAGUUUGUUGAUGUAACUCUAUAGUACAGAAGGUAUAAAGGUUAUCCUUGCAAGCAUCACUGCUUUUGUUAAUCAACUUUUUUUAAUUAUGCAUUAAUUUUGACUACAUGAAGCCAUAAAUGUGUUUGAGCUUAAGAUACUGCUGUACGGUUAGUUAUACUGAUGUCUCUGUUAAGAAUAUACUAAGAUGAAACAAAAUAAUCUGAACUGCCAUCAACAGACAGGUCCAAAAGCUAAUGUUUUUAUGCAUAAUAAUUUCAUUGGAAAUAGUAAAUUGCCUCUCAGAAUAGCAGCACUACAACACAUUUUACUACUCUGCCAUACCGCAGUAUUGAAUCAUGUCAUGAUUACUACACUUCAGUAUAUUAUCAUAAUCUGCAGUAGGUUGUAGUGUUUGUGCUUUCAGUAUGAAGCCUAGCAUUUCACAGUACAUCUGCAUCUGCUGUUGCCACAGUUUGUAUUACAUUUUGUCAGUGAGCAGUGCUCACUCAUCUGUAAUGAACAGCACACUACUUUUCAGAAGACUGUAGCGACUGGAUAUUACUUGUGUGAUUAGGCACUACUAUUAGGUGUGAAUGGAUGUCUACUCAGUCCGUACAUGCUUUGUGAACACUAAACAGUCACACAUUACUACAGUUAUGCUUCUUGGACACUGCACUGAUGCUUUGCAUAUGCAGUACUCUGCUAUAGGCUGUAGCAUUCAUAACUUCUGUUACAAGCAGUAUGCUACAGUACUGUAUUAUGAGAGAUGCAAUGUUUACACUUACAUUAUGUUCACUUGACAGCAUUACAUUUUGCUUUAGCCAUUUAUAGCCAUGCUUCCGUGGACUACACUUCCACUAGUACCUUUCAGAAGACUAGCAUUCAGCAUUUCUUUUGACACUGAGAUACACUAUGACAGUGCAUGCAGUAUGCCACACUGCACUGUCCACAGCAGUAAUUAAUCUACAGUACUGCAGGACUUCUGUUAUGAAUGCUAUUCUGAAUGGCUGCUUUGUGCUGCAGUAGAAUGUUGUAAUUAUAGUUUAUAAACACUACUUUUCAUUAUUCCGUGAUUCUGUUAAAAAAAUACUGUUUGUGUGUGUGUGAUAUGACCAUGCUGUACAGUAAAAUAUUACACUGUAGUAAAUGUUCACACUUCAUUAUGAACACUGUGUGCUAAUACAGCAUUAAUUUUUGCUGUUUACAUUACUCUUUUGUGCUUUGUGCGGUCAGUUUUAUCAAGAGCAAACUUGUUAAAAUGCUGUUUCAUCAACUUUGCUCCAUUUCCCAGAUGUGAUACAUCCCUUGAGGAUGUUUGUGUAAGAAAGGGGUUGUAGAGUGCUGCAAAACAUAGGAAUAUACACUUUGUAGGGGGCAAAGUCAAAAUGGCAUUUCAGCAAGUUUGCUCUUGACAGAAAAGACCAAAUCUCAUUGUGGUGAUUCAGAAUGUAGUGUUCAUAUUUGAAAUAUGAACAGAAAUGCAUAGUUACACUGGAGUGUUCAUUUCAGUGUGUGUUGUUACAGUACUGCAUUACAGUGUAUUUUGAGCUUUUUUUUUUGCUAUUAAUCCAGGUGCUACAGUCUGUUGUUUGAUGAAGCAUGGAGGUUUUAAUGGAUACUUCAUUCAAAACUGCAUAUUUUCCCUAAUUUGGACAGGUGAAACGCUGCCAUUUGCAGACUUACUGCUGUCUGUGUAGAUGCAUGGAGAGUACUAGGCAUAACAUUUGGAAUUUUCAUUGUUGAGGUCUAAUUUAGACAAGAUGUAAGCAAUGACAUUGCAAUAUAGACAAAUGUUGGUGAAGAGACCUGUGUCAAAGCACCGUACACUUAAUUGAUAUUUUUUUGUAUUGGGAUACACACAGAGCAUUUAUUUUCUGAACUUAUUCUUUUGUUCAAAGCUGGUAGAAGUGCCAAAACACUUUACUUUCAUCAUUCACCACAGUAAUAAUAACACAAACUAAAUAUAUACCUUAUGAACUGUAAAAUGCACUCUGACCAGCCACAGCAGUAGGUUUUUAUUUUUUCCUUCAAAAUAUUUAAGAUCUCAUAGACUUCAGGAGAUGUAUCUCCUGAUUUAUUGGUUUUGAUAAUCAGAUGCUCUCUAUAUAAUACUGUCUCCUUUGACGACUUGUACUUACAAUUGUACUUACAAUUUAGAUUCCAGAAUUUCAAUUCUUUUGCAUUAUCAAAUAGCAGGUACUGUAAAGAGAGGGUGGUAACAUCAAUGUUAUGUUAUGAUUUUAGUAGGUUUCCUUAAAUAUUACAACUCUUCAAAGAAGGGUGUGGGGUUUUAUUACAUUUGAAAUUUGUGUAUUUUUCUAAUGGACCUAUCUAUAUUUGGAGCGUUGUGUAUUUUUUAAUUUGUAAGUACCUCACAGAAUUUUAGAAAACAGUUACAAAAAGCAGAGAAUUCCUUUCAUUAUUACAGAAAUGUGAUCCUUGUUAUAUUUCUGUUAUUCCGAUCCGAAAAAGUUGUUUAUGAAUUUCAGGUCACACCUUCAAAAAGCAGAGAUUUUUCUGAUUUUUAUAGAAGUGUGACCCUUACCAUAUUUCUGUUCUUGUCCCAAAAAUUGUAUAUUUAGCACAUUGUCCUUUGCUGUACCCUUCUGUCAUUCCCCACUGUACCAUUACAAUCAUGUGGCUAUUUUUGUUACCCCUUCCAAUUACCUAGUCUGUCCUAAUAGCUGUCUUCCUAGAUUAAAUCCUUCACUUGGUGAGCCCCCCAGCUCAUAGGUACUCUGCCUAAGAACCGAGAAUGAAGCCUGCCUAAUACCUAAACAUGAUGCAUGUCUUCUGUAUGAGAAAGACAACUAAUGGCUUUAGACAGCAUCUGCAUGUCAUCAUAGGUCUUAUUCUUUUCAGGACCACAACACCUGUCCAGCUGUGAAGUUUGCUUCUUGGUAACACGUGUUUCACACUGAACCUUGCUAACAUCCUUUUUUUUCUGGUGAGAAAUACAUUUUUAUAGUCACUUCAUUUGUUCUUCAAGUGGAUUCUGUAAAUGUUAUUUUUUCCUCACUUGGUUUUGAGGCCCUCAUCCAUCACAAAAGGUGUAUGGAUAUCUCCUCAGUUGUUGUGGUGCACAGUCCUGGCACUGCUUCAUUUUUCAAAAAAAUUUUAAUACAAAUCCAGCAUUUUGGGUUAUACAGAUGAAAAUGUAAGGUGCCUAAUACGGAAUGUGUGAAUUAGUGUUUGGAGUAGAAGUAAAAGCGGGAUUUCUUUUUACUUUUUUUUUUUAUAACAAAUAACUUUAUUAUGUGCUUUUGAACAGUGGAAGACUAAGAAACAUUUAAUUAAAAACCUAAUAUCAGUAAGACAUGAGAAAACUCAUAGCUGAAAGCAAGCAUCUUAACAAUACACGUACCAAAUGGAAAUAGAGCCAUGUCAUGUGUUGUCAUGCUUAUAAACAGAUUGAAAAAAUUAGCCAAAAUCAUUCCAAUCAUGCACGUCAAGACAAUUAUUUAACUACAUUUUUAAUUUGUUACACUUUUGUUGAAAAGUAGGUAGCCAAUAUAACUGUAUUUUUUGCAGAAUUUGAAGACAGCAGCCAAAAGGGCACCAUCCUUAUCCAGCAAAAUGUUUUAAAAAUGGUUCUUCUUUGUUGUUAACCCUGGUUGCCAAAAAAUAGAAAUAUAAUUGGAAUUACUAGUCUUUUAGCAUAGACUGUCUUGUCUGUUAUAGUCCCGUAGAGCUUUACUGCAGAACUUGUCCAAGCCAUAUGUAUGUAGUAAGCAUUCAUGUGGCAAUAAUUGUCACCGUUUUCCAUCACCUUUUUAACAUUCUACAUGAGAAAUGUUGCCACAUGUAAUGUAGUUUUAACAGGGGAAACAGAGCCAAGGAUGACAAAAGAGGAGGUGGUACAACUCAGAUGUUCAGUCCAACUGUUUGCUCAUUGUUUACUGUUACAGUGACCUGUUUGGCUCAGUGUUGAUCUGUAAUGCUUUUGUUCAUUUCUUUUUUGUCACUUCUAAUGCUUGAUCUUCCUUGAUCUGUCAUCAUCUCCAUAAACUGUCCUGAACCUCAGCUACUGCUUCUUUAGUUUGCCAUUAACCCUUGUUUUAUAUGAAUGAGUGAACUUUCCCAUUUAUUACAUUGGUGAUGCUGUUAGUUUGCAGAUAUUACCACCACCUCAUUUAUUCAUCAGGGCAUUUUCCUUGAAGUGUAAGGAAAUCCAUCAAUCUCUUAUACUCUUGUUAUUUAAAAGUUACAUAUGUCCAUCACAAAAAGGAUGUCUUUCGUGAUCCAGUUUAACCACCAAAUAGGUAUAUUUUGUAUUUUAAAAGCGUUAUUGACACAGAGAUAUUGUAAUGGGCAUAGGUUGUACAGCAUAGCCUGAUGGCCAAAGAUCUUUUUCUACCUAGAUUUCCAGCUUGCCUGAGUUCCCAAUUUUGUAGUUCUUUUUGUUUAAUGCACAUCUAGCUGAAUAACGUAAAGCUCUUCAUAUACCCAGAUUGUCCAUGGGUUCAGUCGCCGUAAAGAAUAUUGCCAAUCUAGAGCUGCCUCCGGCAUAAGCUUGUAGACUGGGGAGAUGUAGACCAUCCUGCAUUGAGGAACGUACCAUUUAUUUCUGCAGCUCCUUGUUUGUUUGCCAUCCCAAAGAAGAUUGUAUAUAUUUUUUAAUGUAUUUGGAUGAGGUAACAUGGGGUGAUCAUUAUCACAUGACACUUCUGCUCCGAAAAGGUAGGAAAACUGUUUUCCAUGCGACUUUUCUUUUCGUGCAGUUUGUUUAACAGUGAUUUCACACUAAAGGUUAAAAUGUUAGGUAGGUCAUAAGACAAAGUAAUGCCUAUGUAUUUACACUGAGUCUUAGUACAGAGGUUGAGGGUUAUGUGUCAGCUUCAGCAUAAGUUUUAUUGUGAAGGAGCAAAAUGCUUUCAUUUUCAUUCAUGGUAAAACCCUGCGCAGCAAUGAAGCUGUUGGAAAUGGUGAAAAAACUGACUAAUGUACCUUGCAGGAUGUGAGAGACAGGUUAUGCAGUCAUCUGCACUCCAGUAACGUGUUACUUCAGACCGUGAAGCUCUGAUGUGACUGCCAGCUUGGCCAGAGUUAAUUAUGAGGUGGAUAUUUCAGAAACUGUGAUAAGUAACAGAGGAUGAAGGGGGCACAUCUGUAUCUUGUUCUUUUUGUAAGUUAAAUAGUUGAAGGGGGACAUAAUACAGACUUGUGCUUUGAGCUUGGAGUAUAAAAAAUUACAUUUUAUAGUAAAACUAAUUGGUUGCUAGUAUAUACCAGUAUUUGUCAUAUACAUUCCUAGACUAACCGUAUAUCAAAGGCCUUGCUAAAACUGGCAAAGAUGAUUGCUAGCUUUGACUACUUUUUCCAUGACCAUUGUGCCCUCACUGACCAGUCAAAAUAUGUUUGAAAGUUACCAUUUUUUAAUCACUGGACUAGGAUUUUUGCAAAGGUUUUGAGUUCCAGUCAUGGUAGUGAUGUUGUACUUGGACAAAGUGUCUUGGCAAUGGCCAAAUUAUGGAGGAGAACACUUUUGUCCUUUGGUACAGUAUGUAGUUUCAACAUGACUGGGACUAGGGUGAGACUGUCAACGCUGGAGUUAUCCUCGAAGGUAAUUCGCUUAUUGCUCUUGUGAUCUGCGUAUAUGAAAUUCCAUUAACUAGGUCUUGGUGGCCCUGAUAAUAGUUCACAAUUUUCUUUAGUUAUGAAAACUCUGAUCUAUAGUUACUGAAGGCAUGACUUCACUAUUUAUCAGCUUUUUGAUAUUCUUUUGCCAUAACUUCAUUAAUUUUAAAUGCAUCUCUGAUGAUAUAUUCUGUGUUGUCUCAUAUUGCUGUAAUCUGAAUCUUCUCAUAGUAUACCUUGGCUAAGAAUUUGUAAGAUGCAAUGCCUUUUGCCUAGAAAAACUUGCUUACUCUUUCUUGGUUUUAUGUCUACAUAUUGAUAAGCUUUUAGUUUCUUUGUUGCUUUUACAAUGGGUUCUUCUGCAUUGUUGAUUUAUUACCUGUGAAUGUCUUGGUGCACAUCACAUAUUCAUUCAGUUGUUUUUCAGUUUAACUGUGAAAAAAACAGUCAUGUAGGUUUCACGUUUUCCUUCAUUGUUAAAUUUCAUCUACAGUUGUUUUCUCCAUAAAUCAGUUUUGUGCUAAUUAUUGAUAGUUUUAAACUUUAGGUGAUAAGAUUUUCACUUACUCCUUCCAUUGAUUUUCCCUGCAAAACUGUCCUGUAAUCUUGUUAGGGCAUGGUGAGAUAGGAAGGAUGACUUAAUGUCUGUAUGUGUUACUCCUGAGGAUUAAGACAGAGGAAGUGAGUCAGAAAUCAGUUUUGAUUGCCAUACCAGGGAAGCUGUAGCUUUUCUCUGUGAUUUCAUUUGUGCCACCCCACUCCACCCCACCCCCAAUAUCUGUUAAACCAAAUUCCUGAAUUAUUUGUCUUGCAAUUGCUGUUAGGUUUCCUGUCUGUGACUUCUGGGUGUUUAUCCCAUCCUAGGUUAAGAAUGACAUUAAAAUCCCAAUAGAAGAGAAUGUGCUUACCUUUAUAUUCUCUUGAAACUGUUAGUAAUGAUAUAUGAGGCUCAUUAUCAAAAUUUGAACCAUACACGUUGGAAACAAAAAGCUGUGAAAAUGUUAUAUUUGGAUUAAACUCCACCUUCAUCAUUUCGCCAUUUCUUGGCUUUGUCCAGUUCUUAGGAGUUAUGAAUAAAUAUUAUACCCCCUCAUUGAUUUGGAGAUGUAGUUUUUCCAAAUGAACUAAUUCGUCUUGCAUACUAAUGUUUAUACGCAAGGAAAAAAAGAGGAGUUCUUACCUUCAGACAGAAUUCUGUCAGAGGUGCAGUUAGUGUCAGCAAUACAAUGUGUGAGACGUAGGACAGGCAAGGGAAAGAAAGAAAAUCAGAUGAAUAGCAGCCAUUUUGUCCACAUUUUUAUUUCUAAAAAUAAAUGGUUAAUAAAAGAAAAGAAAAUUAACUGUUUGCUAGUAAUAUUCAUUUAAAAAAAUAUUAGUGACAGGUAAUAUGGGUAAAUAAUGCGACAUUGUGAAACACUUAGAAGCUUAUACUUGCUGACUGAACUUUAUAUGUAGCUAAGACCUGUAAGGACAAGAAUGAAAAUACUGUUAAAAAGCUUCUGGCACCAUAUCAUCAGGAUGUUCAACUUGUUUGUAUAGAAAAAGUAUGACAAAAAUUAGGAAGGGCUUGAGUAAUUUGUGUUAUAUAGUCAAAACAUAGUGGUCAUCCCUUAAAUGCAUUUUGAACCCCCUGAUAAUAUAUAGAGGGGUAUGCAAUAAAAUUGAAUUUCUAGUGUAAAGGUAAGGGACUCACAGAAAGUCUGCCCUCCUAUUCAGUAGCAAAAGUAACUCUUUAAGUAAUGACUUCUACCUCACUGCCCUGAAAGUAAAACGUGAUUGGACUGUGUCAGUUGCUGCAAGCUUCCGUUAAGCCUCUGUCUGCUCAAACUCAAUUAUAAAAAUUUCUGGAGUGGAACAAUGUCUGUAUGGUAUUAUUAUUACUUAGCCUGGCUGGGGUGGGCAUUUCCUUUCUUUUGAGGUAGGGAUUGUGGUAGAAUUAUUGACUUUGGUUCCUUUCUUUUUUCACAAUCCACUUUUUACGUUGUUGUUCCUAAAUUCAUUUUAAGGUUAUCAGCACAUGUAUUGCUACUACACACUUAUAACUGCUUUAAAUAUGUUAUUUCUUCUUUUGUAGUUGUAAAAGCUAGUGUCAGUAGUACUUUUGCUAUACGAGCCCUACUGAGAAUCAUAAUUACAGUAGAAAACUGAUCUCUGAAAAUAACUGGAGCUGUGGCAUUUAUUGUAUUGUAUAAUGGCAAGCUGUAAUCAAGUCUGACCAUAUAACCUGCCACUGUGAGCACUCACCACCUUUCCGUCUCUCCCCCCUUGUAGAAGUCCUUCAUUGUCUAUGUAGUUCAGGCAUUUGAAUAUGCAGUGGUAUGGAUGUUUCAGCUUCCUGACAGAGUAAUUUGAUGGGAUUGUGUUCAGUUAUAGGACAAACCCUGGAGUGAGUGAGGUCAGCAUUUCCCUUGAUAAGCUAAUGGAUCAUCCUCGGUAAUCCAUUUAGGUGCAUAUUGUUUCUUCUAAGCCUUUUCUGUCAGAGUCUUCUGAUUUAGACUUCAGUUAUUUAGACAAAGCCUGGUGCACCAGUAGGGCCCUUUCAAUCUGAUUGUAUGCUGAUAUCUUUGAUUGCUGAAGCAAGAUUGUAUAUUCUGCAUCAUGGUAAUCUGAAAUGCAUGGAUAUCCUACAGCAGUGAGCAAGACAGAAACUGAAAAAAAAAAUCAAUUUAGGGAUUGUGCAUACAAUGCAUAAACUGGAAAAAAGGUCAAGAAAUGGACACUUCAGUGUUUCAUCUGGCAAGAGGCUUAAAAAUUGCUCUGCAUUUUUGUUUCUUAAGGCAACUAAUGCAAGAGUCAGUACAAGUAUUACUUGAAGGCUAAGCCAGUUUCACAUCCUUGUAUUUACAGCUUAGACAAGCGCGUUAUGGUUUCCUGAGACUAUGGACACACUAACCUUUCAACACUUAGCAGUUAUUUAAUCACCUUUCAUCCUAGCAAAACUGUCCGGGGAGCAGUUUCAUGUUUUGCAUAAUAAAAAGAGAAAACAGAAGGCUUACAAUGCUUAUUGUUUCAUAUUCGUAGGUAAAUCUCAAAUUUAAUGGUAUGGCCAGGCAUACUCAGUGUAUUCAUAUGAGUUCAAUUUGAAUACCACUCUUAAAACACAUCCAGUUUUACUUUUAUGGGUCUUGUGUAUUAAAGUGAGGUAAAGCAAUAAAAUAGUGCACAUAUCUGACUAAAUUCAGUUAUUCCUGAUUAUUUUAGUACAAGACACAUCAUCUUAGUUAGGGGCAUCUACCCAGACUGUGCAGCAGUAAUAUCAUGUGCAGACAAUUGGCAUUUCAACACUGUUGCCAUUACUGGGUUAUUUGGGCAAACCAACAUGCAGCUACAUAUCCAAGAAACAGUGUAUUUCAAGGUUCUUCAUAGUGAUCUGAAAAUGGAGCUCAUCACCAAUGCACCUUCUUCCCAACUACUUACAAGCCACAUUGUUAGUGGUAUAUGGAGCAAGUGAGCAAUGAUUUUAAAGACUGCAAUCUGUAAAGAUAAGGCACAAACAUCCCCGAGGGGUUGAUGCAAGAUUCACUCUGACUUUCAAGUCAAAAGUAACGAAUGAAAAAAAAAUUACACUACUUGAAGGAACUUUGAAAAUUAAUGUGCCUAGUGAUUGCACCAGCAGUGAAAGAAAACCUGCUUGUGGUUAUCUGGAUGGUAGCAGCAGGUGGGGGAUAGAGCUUAGGCUCUACCAGUGCCUUUUUCUUUAGCUGGCUACUCUGCAGCAUAGGCCCAUGUGAGCCCCUAAUGAGUCAAUUUCACUGUUAUGAAAUAUGGACAGAGUAACUCACAGCAGGCAAAAAAGACUAAAUCAGAAUGUUGAAGCAUCAGUUUAACUUGGUUGUUUAAAACAUAGGCCAGUGACUUUUUUUCUCUGUUGCCUUAUCGAAAAUAAUGCAACAAGUGUGGAUGCCUAGUAGUGCAAGUCACAGCUGGGGAAAAGUGUGGUCAGAGAGGAAAUAAUAAAUAUAAUUUUAUGCAAGUAAAGCAAAAAUUAUGAAAAUCUGAAGGGGUCGCAGACAUGCAUUCUAACUGCACCAACCAUUCCCAGCACAGACAUAUUGGUUUUGCAACACUGAAUUGGUUUAUUUUAUAAACCUAAAAUAUCCUCCCAUGGGCUGGCACCUCAUCAAGAUUUGGUGUCUUUGCUUUGUGUGCCCAUUGAUUGCCAGGAUAGGCAGUGACUCCCUGUGUCCCUGGGUCAGAUUAUGUGUGUAAUAAAUUAAUGAAUAAGAAUGUUAAAGCCACCAGAUACUGUCCACUUGUUUGAUGCAGUACUGCUUACUGUUGGAAUUAUGCAUUAUUUUUAAUAUCCUUUUAAAAUAUAUGCAGUUUUCAGUAUAUAUGAGGACAGUCACUUUUUUUUAAUCAGCAAAACAUUUUUUGCUGCAUACAUUUCUAGGAGUGGCAGAUGAGAUUUUGAACAUUUGUCAGAUUCAUGCAAACCAGAUUUGAGAUAGUAUCCGUCCAGCAGAAUGGUGGCCAAGUGCUGAAAUCGAAGCACAUUUGAGUGUGCAUUUAGAGAAGGUUAUCACUGCAGUCGGGGGCUGUCUUUGCCUUAAGGUGCAGUAACUUAGUAGUUCAUAACUCAGUUUAUAUUAAGUUUGCUGGUACAAGUGGCAGAACCGUCUCCAUGUAAGUGCCAGAGACCUUUGCCUUUUAUGUAGUUUCUAAAAGUUAGCAAUUUGCUUUGCCUGUGCUGAGUCGCUUUUCAUUGAAGUGCAAUUUGAUAGACUUCCAUGAAAGUUCCUGGAUUUAAUCUCGGUCUUGAAUUCUAGGAAAAGCUUCAUCUUGCUCUUUGAACACAUCGCCUCCUCUUGAUUCUUCCCAUAAUGCUUCAAACCUACAAACAGAGCCUAAUGAAAAUGAUAUUUAUACUUUCCUAGGUCAAGUUACUUAAUCUGUACAGCAUUGCCAAGACAUGCAAGUUGUUCAAACUAUAUAUUUAUGUUGGUUUGAUGUUUAGGCCAGCUGUCAUAAAAAACAGGCAGAAUUCAUGUUAUUCCAAAAUCAGAAGACUUAGCACUUGCUCAAUUUUUUUUCAGCUGUGUUGAAUAGUUCUGGUUAAUUUAGCCAAGUUUAUAUAAUCUAGAAAUAAACAUAAACAGAUAUGGUGAUAGCCCCCCUCUGUUGUCAGAUAUGGGAUUUUAUUAUUAAGAAUGUUUUCAGCAUGACAAUCUGCUGUAAAUGUUUAUUCAGCUUUGCUGCUAAUAUCGAUUGAAAGUUACAUUUCCUAUUUUUAAAUUCAGGUGUAGUAACUAAGUUACCAAACAUGCGUUUGUAAAAAUUUUCUAGUUGCGUACAGCUGUCUUGAUUGUAAAAUGUAUUGCUUCAAAUUCUAUGGACAUAUACCUCAAAUCUCAGAAUGGCAUGUCAGUUUGGUACUUUCCUGGUCACAGAAAUGAUUAAACACACAAAUGGAAAUAGCUGUCUGUCUUGUAUAUGUAAUUUUUCUUUCAGUGCUUUUUUUGAGAGGUAAAUAAAUUUAUUUUCCAUAUUAAA